AGAUCUACUUCUACAACCUCUUAUUGAGCUGGACCAAGAGCAGAUUGAUAUAGAAGACUAUGCCAGAGCUCGCUGUGAAUCUGACAGUGGAAGACAAUGUCAUUUCUACAUUGAUCAGAGUCCAAACCCUUUCAAAUCAACACCGCACAGUUUUGGUGUCUGUCAGCUCACUGUGUAUGCCAGUGAGCUGCUAGAAAACAAAACUCGUCAGGAUAAAAUGGAGAUCUUUCUAAGCUGCACUGUUGAAACUCAAACUGGGAACCAAACAGUUAUCUCAAAGCGAAGUGGAAUGAAAAAACUAGAAGUAUUUGACACAUUUGGUAGUCUUUCUAUCGAUGUGGACAUGGAACAUAUCAAAAAAGAGACAAUCAUUACAGUUCGCUGUGAAACUGAGAGAGGAACACGAUGCCAUUUUUAUACUGAUGAGGGCAGAGCUCCUUUCAGAACAGUGCCCUUCAGGGAACAGUUUAAAGUCUGUCUCCUCACGGUGUCUGGAUGGGAGCUGCUGGAACAGAGGGGUAAGGGGAACGCGGCCGAGGUCUUCCUGAGCUGUGCUGCUGAACUGACCACAGAGGGGCGAUCAGUUUCUUCAGACCGCAGCAGAGCCAUCAGGAUCCAGGUGGAAAAUCCAGAAGAGAGUGAGCCAACAAGCAAUCGUCUAGGGGAGUUUGGGUUGCCCACAGUUUCUUAUAUUACAGAUUACAAUGUUUCCAGAUCUGGAGUCGGAACAUUACCACAUACAUUCAUCUGGGUGGCUGCUGGUGAAUUGAUUUCAUUGAUGUUAACAGCAUUACUGAGCUCUCUCUAUUUCAAACAUAAGAGAGACAAACAAGACAGAGAAUGAUGAGUCAGCACAUCUUCUUCCUGAAGCUAAUCAACAGCAAGAACUCUGGGCAUGCUGCAGAAGCUCACAGGAGAACUUCUUUAUUCAUUGUUUUGAAAAAUUUGUGUUACUGUAAACUUUGUAGUACAUGUACUCUACUGUAUAUAUAUAAUCUGAAAAUUUAAACAUCUCUUUUCUUUCCUUCUGUGGGGAGCUGCAUAAUGGAAAUAAUGGAAAUAGAAUUUGUAGUGGGAUUUGUAAUUGUGUAUAGACACUUGUGAUUUUGCUCAUUUUAUUUUGCAUGUGUGUAAAAUUCUCUACAUCAAACUUCUAAGUCUAACCAUGUGUCUUUAUGUACACAGAUUAGAACAGUAGACUGCAGAGGCAAAAAUAGCAUCAAAUAAAAUCCAUCCAUCCAUUUUGUAACUGCUUUUUCCAAUUCAGGGCUGUGUGGGAUCCAGAGACUAUCCUGGCAUGCAUUGGGCACAAGGCAGGCUACACCCUGGAAAGGACACUGGUCCAUCGCAGAGCACACACACACACUCACGCCUAGGA